AUGUGUUUGUGCAAAGCAGAUGGUUGGCAGCCUGUCAUAUUUGAUGGGAAACAGCCCAUCUCAUCCGGUAUCAUGGCUGCUGCAGAUGCAGCCUGCUUGCUUCUGGAGUCGCAUUUAGCUGUGACCUCCCAACAGAGUGAGAACCUCAAGCUAAAGCCGCUCUUGGCACGCGUGCCCAGCCAGACAGACAGCUGGUCCUGCGGACACAGGGCUGCUUUGACGGUGAAGUAUUUGCUACACCGCAUCUUCGUUGACAAAGCCAGAGACUGCUGCUUGAGCAAGCUCGAAGUCCCCAAACAUAUUGUCAGUGAUGAGGCAGUUGAAAGUUUGUGCUCAGGCAGCAUUCCGAGAUCCCUGAUUGAGGUGAAGAAGCAGGCGCCAGCAACUUCCAGCACGAAGAAGAGGCCGACACCCCAGAGUAGCGCUGAGGAUUCCAGACCGAGAAAGGUAGCAGCAAAGGCAGUUCAACAGGCCCUGGCAGCACCAGCAACUGCUGGUUCAGAUGCGUUUUCUGCUUCAAAGGUGGCAGAAAAGGUUCCUUUGCCAACAAUACAUGAACCUCCUGAAGCUGAAGCGGAAGGGCAAGAGCAAGACGACAGCAUUGUCUUCAGUGCCCAACAACUCAUCGAUGAGCGAAAGCAGAAAGACGCUUUCAAGAAAAAGGAGAAGCGAGUCAAGUGCUACCUGAAGAAGAUGGGGCUUCGUUUCAACGAAGAUUUCCAAAAAGUCCACAAGGGAGGUGACUUUGCAGGGAACUCCAAACACUGGAAAGACUUCUUGACUGGUGUGAUGGGACUGACUGAUAUUGAGUGCCCCCAAUGUGAGAAACUAAUUGCGACCUUUCACAUAGACGGUACAGACGUCGCUCCAACGCCGGACAAGAAGAAGAAAGUGAAGAGUGACAAGGUCCCUGCUUCGCACGCUGCUGAAAGCACUGAGUUGAGCCUCGUGCCUUACGACACUCCUCCCAAAAAGCGGGCAUCCGCAGGCCGUCCACCCACAGGAUCGCUGCCGCCAUUCAACCUGAUGGAUUACCUGCAGGAGAAGAGGAUUUUGGAUGGAAUCAUGGUUUGGGUGGAGAGGAUUUGCUUCAUAGAUUUGGUUCACCAGACUCUCCAAGAUGACCUGGAAGCGCAGAGGGAAACGGCUGCUUGGAUGGUCAAGCGUUUCCCGCACUUGGAGAAUCGACAGCUACACAAGAUCACCUAUGUUGACGCUGUUGCCGUCGCCAAGGGCUUCUUCGCAAACAUUCCCCGCAAGCUCAUGAGGGAAAGUUUGCUGCGAUAUCUCAGCCGCACUCUUAACUACCUCAGUGCAGGUGUUGUGAUGGGCAUUGUCGGUAUCGAUUCCAUAGGAUUGCCCAACUUCUUUUGUGCCGUGGACAAGCAACUGGUCGACGCUUGCGGCGCAGCUAUCGCUUGUCUCGGGCCCGAGAUAGAGGGCACUUCCAACUACAUGAUUGUCCGAGAUGAAACCGCAUUCAGCAAAACAAUGUCUCUUGUAUACGGCCUGGAUGCGCAAAACCCUGGCCAAGCGAUGGUUGUGGGUGGUACAUGGCCAGACUUUGCUAAAGUCCUUCCUGAUGAAGAUGCCAUAUUGACGCCGGAGGUAUUGGCAACCGUCACAUGCUGCACUGCUGUGAAGCGGUUGGACAAGCGCACUGACCUGUUCUUGGUGCAGAUGCUUCCACGAAACCAGAAGAUUGAUGCUGCGUGUGAACUGCGCUCUUUGGGCGAAGUAGUUGAAUCUUGUAUUGAGAGCAAUCACGGAGUUCCUCCGCUGGCGAUGGCCACGGACAAUCACAAGAGCUUUGUGAAGAUCAAUCGUGCCUUAAUGGGUGUCCUCCCAGCAACAGAAUCCUCGGAUGUACCUUUCUGGCAGUGGCUGGGCUGCAGUGAUCUGCUUUGUCUAUUGAUGCCAGCGUACACCACCAUGUUUUGGCAGGCGCUUACCCACGGGUCUUGGGUUGCGUCCAGAGCCUUUUCCAUUGAGGAAAUGACAAUGAACUCUUUGUGUGGCUACUACAUGACACUUCUUUUGGUGAAGCAAGCGCACGAUCUGGGUGGCCACGAAUGGCAGAAUCACCUGGUUGCAAAGGAGACGACGUUGAACGUACUCAGCAUGCAAGUACAUAUGGUGCUACGGAUGCACUCGUUCCCGCAAAGUGAUGCAGUGAUGGAGCCAUGCCUGACAAUGGAAGAUUCAAUUGAGCACUUCUUUGGCAGGGUAAAGACGUGCAAGCGCGAGACUGGGUCAACCACCGUAGCCACAGCUUUGCAAGCGGCGUCCCUCCUGCAUCUCCGGCAGAAGCGAAAGCCAGCACAGGCAGCCGACAUUAUCAAAAAUGAGCUCUUAUCCUGGUGGCGGGAGACUGGGCAGAAGCUGAUCUUGGGCACUUUGGCAGAGGAGAACGGUGAAGAGAGCAGCGACGAGGAAGCCAUUGAUGAUAGCAAGGAAAGCUUGAGUGAAGAAUCAAAAGCAGUGGUUGACAGCCUGGAAGCCACAGAGAAGGGCAUCUUGAUUCAGGAGGAGCUGAGCAUGUUGUGCGAAGAUCCCUCAUUUGUGGGCUGUGACGAGAACUCUGAGAUGAAGGAUGACGAUGAAGACCCUGAAUCAGAGGAGGAGGAGGUAGCACAGAAGGAGAAAAAUACGUUGAACCCUGAUUCGAUCCGUUCAUUAGGACAUGUGCUGGAAGCAGCUCACCUCUCGCAGUUUCAGCCUUCAUCAAAGGAUCACGAGAGCAAGAUGCUUGGGCGCAUCAGGAAGUUGACGCCCUUUUGCCAGAACUUCGUGGCACGAGUCCGAGUUCAUGAGGGAGUUCUCUCGCGUGCUAGUAUCCUGGGACCCAAGCGUAAAGACAACAAGCACAACCUUUAUGAACAUGAGCUAGCCAAGAUGAGGGCUGCGUGGCAAUGUUCCGCCGCAAGGCAGAGCCGCUUCAACCUGUGGUGUGAGUUCUCGAAAAGGGUUCUUGCUGAUAUCGCGGAGGAGUUCGAACCUGCAGGCCCAGCAGGCACUCCGGAAAUGGCGGCGAAGCAAAUAGGAAGUUUGCUGGCUCUUUUGGAGGCCUACGUCUUGCUACACCUGUGUGGUUGGGUUGUCAAGGUCUGUGAAAAUAUUUUUUUGAUGAAGGUGAGAGUGACCUUGAGCGAGCUGGCUUGGGAAUCCUUCAAGCUUGCGGCAAAGAAGGGCACACCGUUUGAGACCAAGGGCUCCGUCACGACCGGCAACGGCCUUUGUUACAUAACGGAGUCAGAGCUCAAGCCAAGCACGCUUGUUGGCCGGAGCAACAUUGUCAAGAUUGUGAAAGGAAUGCUGACGGAUUUCGAGUCCAUUCACCACACCCUCUUGGUGGACGACAAAGUGAAGGUCAAGAUGCCAGAUGGGCUCGAUUUGACUUUGUCUUGGGAAGAAUUGUUGGCACGUGUGCCGACAUACUACAACGCGAAGUUUGCGAAGUACUGUGGCAUUCAUAGUCCGGGCAGUGUGAUCAAGCCGCUUGAACUGAGAGGGGCGCAGCGAGCUGUGUUGCGAUUGUGCCGCGGUGACGGCAAGUGGUUCUGCAACAAUCGCUUGCCGGGCCUACCGAGUAGUUGCAUUAUCCUGCAUUUGGUGAGAGCCAAGCAGAAAGAGGUCUCAUUGCAUCCGGAGAGUCCACUCGGAGAGAUCGUUUUAGAGUGCUACAACUGUGGCCAGCGGAACGUCUUCUUGCUCGGCUUCAUCGCGGCCAAGAGCGACUCCGUCGUCGUCCUGCUUUGCCGCGUAUGCCUCUCAAACAACGCCCUCAAGGACUCCAACUGGGAUUUGGGUCAGUGGCAGCCCUUGAUCGAGGAUCGUAGCUUCCUGCCAUGGCUGGUGAAGGUGCCAGAUGCCAAGGAGCAGAUGCGCUCCUGGAAUAUCACUGCAGCCCAGGUGAAUAAGCUCGAAGAGAUGUGGAAGAGCAACCCUGAUGCCACCAUCGAAGAUUUGGAUGGCAAGUCGGGGCCAGGUAUGGAGGAUGACCCGCAGCCAGUGAUGCUGCGUUAUGAGGAUGCCUACCAAUACCAGCAUGUCUUUGCUCCCUUGGUGAAGAUGGAGGCAGACUACGACAAGAAAGUCAAGGAGUCGCAGUCGCAAGAGAAUGUCGUGGUGCGGUGGGACAUUGGUCUCAACAAGAAGCGGAUCGCCUAUUUUCACUUCACCAAAGAGGAUAGUGAGGCUCGGCUGGUGCCGGGGGAUGAGCUGCGCUUGCGCUUGAACUCCUCGGCCUACGCGAACUUGGCCAACGCCGAUGAGACGGGUUGGAAUGCUGUGGGACAUGUCUCCAAAAUCACCGCGAACGAAGAGGUCGCCUUGGAACUCCGUGGGCCUCAACAGGUGGGUCCAUGGGACAUCAACCACGGCUUCCAAGUGGAGUUCGUUUGGAAGUCGACCUCCUUCGAUCGGAUGCAAGCAGCUAUGCGGACCUUCGCGGUGGAUGAUACCUCUGUGUCCGGAUAUCUGUAUCACAAACUCCUGGGCCACGAUGUGGAGCCUCAGACGAUCCGUGCCAAUGUGCCGAAACACUUCACUGCGCCCAAUCUUCCACAGUUGAACCACUCCCAGGUCUUCGCUGUGCGGAAAGCACUGUCCAACCCCUUAUGCCUCAUCCAGGGGCCUCCAGGAACUGGAAAGACCGUGACCAGUGCCACGAUUGUUUUCCAUCUCACGCGGCAGAACCAGGGUCAGGUCUUGGUUUGUGCUCCCUCCAACAUCGCUGUGGACCAGUUGGCCGAGAAACUCCACAAGACGGGCUUAAAGGUGGUGCGCCUCAGUGCCAAGAGCCGCGAAGCGGUUGCCAGCAGUGUGGACUUCUUGACCUUGCACCACCAAGUGCGGCAUUUGGACACGCCCGACCAUCAGGAGCUCCAGAAGUUGCUGGCUUUGAAGGAUGAAUUGGGUGAGCUCUCACAUGCCGAUGAAAAGAAGUUCAAACAGUUGCAGAACUCCACGGAGCGAGAGCUGCUGACGGCCGCGGAUGUGAUUUGCACGACUUGCGUCGGUGCGGGUGACCCUCGCUUGCAGAACUUCCGCUUCAAACAGGUCUUGGUCGAUGAAUCCACGCAGGCCACCGAGCCCGAGUGCCUGAUCCCCAUUAUGAUGGGCGCCAAGCAGAUGGUCUUGGUGGGUGACCACUGUCAGCUGGGCCCCGUGAUCAUGUGCAAGAAGGCUGCCAAGGCCGGCUUGCACCAGAGCCUGUUCGAGCGGCUGAUCUUCUUGGGCAUCCGACCCGUACGCUUGGAGGUUCAAUACCGCAUGCAUCCGUGCCUCUCGGAAUUCCCGUCCCAGUCGUUCUACGAUGGCUCUUUGCAAAACGGCGUCACACUCAACGAGCGCCUUUAUGCCGGCAUCGACUUCCCCUGGCCACGUCCGGACAUGCCGAUGUUCUUCCUGAACUCCACGGGCGCUGAAGAGAUCUCCGCGUCGGGGACCUCCUACCUGAACCGCACGGAGGCGACGAACAUCGAGAAGCUGGUGACCUACUUCUUGAAAUCUGGAGUGAAGCCCUACCAGGUGGGUAUCAUCACGCCCUAUGAGGGCCAGCGAGCGUACAUUUGCUCCGUCCUACAACGCCAGACCUGCUUCAGCCACAAGGCCUAUGAGGAGAUCGAGGUGGCGAGUGUGGACAGCUUUCAGGGACGAGAGAAGGACUUCAUCCUCCUUUCUUGCGUGCGGUCGAACCAGAACCAGGGCAUCGGCUUCUUGAACGAUCCGCGGCGGCUGAACGUGGCGCUGACGCGGGCGAAGUAUGGGCUCAUCAUCUGUGGCAAUGCGAAGGUCUUGGGAAAGCAGUUCCGCUCUCAACCGUCACUCUGGGUGAACCUGUUGAGCCAUUACAAGAAGUACGAGCUGGUGGUGGAGGGCGCGCUGUCGAAUCUGAGACAGUGCCACAUCACCUUCAGCAAGCCCAUGCGGCUCCCCUCGCGGUACUUCGCCAAGGGACCCAUCGGUGCCGAGGUUGGGCAGUUCGAUGAUGAGAAGAGAGACCAGAUGGAUAUGGACUACUACCGAGGGUCUGCCGGCGCAGCAGGGAGCAGCUCCAAUGGCUAUGGGCCUGGUAUGGUGGCUCAAUCCUCUGGUCCUGUACAAGCUCCCUCCAAGUACUUCAACGGCCCCUCAAUGUACAGUCAGAGCGCGAGCCUGACACCUUCUCAGCGAAGCACCGACAGGAGUCAAGGCUCAAUGGACCGAAAGAAGAAGGGGAAAAAUCUCCGAAAGCAAAGUGAACUGUCACAAGGUUCAGCAUACUCGUCGGCGAACUACACCCAGAACAUCAUGUCGCAGGAGAGCCGGAGCCAGACCCAAAACACCCAGGAUUUGUAG